GUUCGGCGACGUCUCAGAUGGUCGAAAUCGCUCAUCUUUUGGCUUCAAAAGUGGACUUGCGUUGAUUUCCAAGGGAACGUUCAAGUGGACAAGUGACUGCGACGUAAGGAAGCUCGUAAAUAAACAGUGACGAGACGGGGGUACUGCAAUUCCAGGCGGACCGGUCGUCAUCCUCCUCGUCGUGGUCAACUCGGUCAUGAACGUGAGCUUGAAAAGCAAGAAGCGCGCGGUCCUGCCCAGCAGACCCUCUCCGCCCAGCGUGGACCGCAUCUUGGAGGACGUCGGCGGCGCCGAGCCCGACGACCCGGUCUUCGCCAUCCUGCAACAACCCCAACACCCUGGCGAGACGGGGGAGGCGGAGCGUACCUUCCAGCAAUGUCGGCGUCACGCGGACGUAAAGCAUCAGCUGCAGGAGGUGGGGGCGGUCCUUACGCGCCAGCGGGACCACCUCCGAGCGGCGGGCCAGCGACUGGACCGCCACCUGGCGGAAGUCAAAGGUGGACUUUGCUGACCGCGCCGGGAGCCGCAGAGUCAACCUUGCACGUCGUCGUGACUGCAGAAGGCAAUCGAAGGAAAGCCACGCAAAUGUUGGACGACUGGAUGCCCGCCUGGUGCCUGAAGGCUGCUUGCACGUGCGAACAAUAAAGUCACGUGCCCCCAUCACGCCCGUGCAUAUUUAGCACGACUCGAGGUGCAAGCAUACGUCAACGACCAAUCGAAUAUCAACUGAAUCAACUAUUUUGAUCAUCGGUUAAUCCAUACCGACCCCGUUUCAUGUAAAAUUGCCCAAAUCCUCGAAAUUUCAGCCCGUCACCGGUAAAUAUGCCGUCCAUGAAAGCAGACCGAUUUGGAUGGUUGUGUUUUCGGUGCCAAAAAGUCUUUUCUGUUAUGCGUGAAGUUGCGUGAUUUUCAACACCUUUUGUGACUCAAAGGACUUGGCACUCAGAGACAAACUACAAGAACAUUUCUGGUAUCUUCGAAGUUCAUUUCUGCUCAACAAUCCAAACAACCAACUGUUCAAUAAAUGGAUGCAUCCUAACUGAA